UGCAAAUACAGGAAGCUAUUCAAGUGAUGUGCGUGUCCAUUUUGAAACACUUGACAAGAGAAGAGAAGAUGGCGUUAUCUGAACCAAGACCUGGCCUUAAGACUAUAUAUAGCUACUAUGUCAAACUGGCUCGGAACAUCCCUCGAGGGUCUCACCAAGACUCGGAGAAGCUAAUCAGAGGAGAGGAGAGCCCUUACAUGUUGCCAGGAGGAACAUUUGUUGGACUCCUUUUCCAAAACACCUGUGUUCUGAGCAGUCUAUUGGCCGGAAUACAUAUAACAGCAACAAGAUUUAGCAAAAUCAAAGAUUAUUUUAUGACAGACAACACAGUCGGUGCAGUCAUAACCUUCCUCGAUAACAAAAUGUAUAAUGAGGCAAUGGGUCUUUGGCUUAUUAACUUAGAUUUGCGUGUUGGAAGAAAACUAUACUUUUCCCAAAACGAAUGUCUAGAUUGUAGAGGCUAUGUCGAAGACUUCCUACCAAAUUUCGAUGACCUGACAAUUGUCAAAUAUGAAGACGACAACAACGAUCACAAUAUGAGCCCCUCAGCUUGCGUUUACAAUGGAACACUGAGCAAUUUUAAGAUAUAUGGUCACGUUUACAUCCUGGACACCGUAAAUGACCCUAAACUCAUCCUGGUGAAUAUGUUUGGCCGAAUGGGACACGGAUUUAUUCCUCCUCAUGUCAUCACGGAUGAUUUUUCAAGGAAUUACGAGCUUCAGUUCCUUUUGCUGGGUUUGAUCACAGCAGAGAUCAAACACAUGGUGCUGUGUGUUAAACAAGAAGGAGGGCGAUGGAUGCUGUACGAUAACUCAGGAACGCCCCAAUUCCAGGACUUCAACAUGGAGAUAGAAAGGAAGAAAUACGUUGUUUACCUCGCUGCCUAUGUGAAUUUGAACCGUGCAUAUCCAGAGAAACAAGUGCAAGAAUCAGAGCAAGUAAAUGACCUCCUCCUGCCAGUGGUUGUACCAGUCAACAACCGCCGAUCAACAUUCCCAUUCAGAUUGCCGGUGGAAGAAACAACCAUCUCCACCCUACCGACCUGUCAGCAGCAACGAGAGGAUGCUUCCCCCCAAGGUGAAUCAACUGUUAAUGUGUGGUAGGGAUCAGAGACCCUUUCCUUUGUACAACUUGACUGCAUUCCUACCAAGUUAUGUUUUUCUUUUUUUUUAAUGAAAUCAUUUUUCAUGUAGUCUACUACUGCUUAUGAGUGAAAAAUUAUGGAAGACUGAUUUAACAAAAUAUGUGUUGUCAUAAAUUACUUGUAAAUGUCUGUUUUAUCUUUCUGUCUCUCCCCUGUGGAAGUGGAAAACGCAGAGGAACGUGGCUGAGGGCACCCUGGCCUGAACACACCCAGACAUUCAUUGCCUGAGCCCACUUGGUUGUGCUGCUGAUCCCAGUCCUAUGGAACCCCUGCUGACCAAGUCCACCUGGUUGUGCUGCCUUCACUGGACCAACUGGCCUCCUUUAGCCGCUACACCAACAAAUGUUAAUUUCUUUACUUACCGUGUCUUUGUUAAAAGCUAUUAGAUCGACCACGGGGUCUUGAAGUAUUGGAAAUCUCUAUCCGGUACAGCCAGAAGAGGACUGGCAACCCCUCUCAGCCUGGUUCUUCUCUAGGUUUCUUCCUUUUAGGGAGUUUUUCCUAGCCACUGUGCUCUUGCUUAUGCUUUGCUGUUUGGGGUCUGACAAUUGCAGAUGUAAAAACUGCUUUAUAAAUAAAUUUGAUUGAUCGAUCAACAACA